AUGUCCGAGACCAGCACUGAGCGGGAUCAGCUCAUCCCACCCUCAAACCGACCCGGGCCCGGGUCUGAAGAAGCGGAGACUACGCGCGGAGGGGGGGCAGGGCUGAUUAAGCGCCUGGACCUCUUGCCUCAGCCUAGAGAUCGGGCGGCGAUGUAUCUGCUAGGCAUCGGGAUCGCCCUGUUCUUGCCGCUCACGUGGUAUCUCGUCUUCUCGCAAGACUUGAAGGCACUAGGCUGGUUCGCCCCGCACCCACUACUCCAAUCCCUCGCCAUAACCGCCUUCCUCCUCGCCAUCUUCCCUCUCCAGCCCCCUACCCCCUCCUCCUCGGCCGUCCGGACGUCCCGAUUCCAGCUACACCAACGAUGGAUGUACGCCCUGGCCCUACCGGCCCUGGCGGUGGGUACGGCGGCCAUGUGGUGGAACAAGCAUGUGCACGGGGCGCCUCACUUUACGACGUGGCAUAGCUGGUUCGGGGCCGCUACUGUUAUUUGGGUGCUGCUUCAAGCGGCUCUAGGAUCCGCCGCCUCCCACUUUGGCGGUAAACUCCUGGGCGGCCCCGCCCGAGCUAAAAAGGUCUACAAAUACCACCGGCUCUCAGGCUACCUCCUCGUUGCUAUGCUGGUGGGUACAGCGCACCUCGGCGGAGCGCACUCGACUUGGGCGCUCACGAGACCCGGAGGGGAGAUGAAGUGGGUCAGAGUUGGGGCGUUCUGGGUCGGGCUGCCUUUAUUGGCGCUGGGGCUGUAUAUGCGUAUCAGGUGA